AAUUUACUGCUGAGCGUAUUGUAUUCGAUACUUCAGAGCUUUCGGCGCGUGAUGCGAACUACGUCACCGAAGCACAAAAAUUCUCUUUCGGACAAAGUGCAUGCCAUGCAUUAACAAUGCUUAAUGAUAACUUCACGAAAAUUAGUUUACUUGAAUAUAAUCUUGCAAUCGCACUCGAAUCAAUAAAUCGACUUACGACCAAUCUUGAAGUUCUUCGCGAUUAA